AUGGGCGCCGGCGACGGCAACGGCAACGGCAACGGCACGGGCCCCAAGACGAACGAGGUGACGAACCCGUGCAACCAGAGUCCCGGCCAUGCGGCGCUGGACGGCUCUGGCCCCCCGUUGCCCAAGCGCCCGCACGUCGGCCCCGACGCUCCGCAGCCGGUGUCCGACCCGGCGAGCUACGCCAUCGCUGGCAAGAUCCUGCUCGCCGUGGCGGGGGCGUUCGCGGGCGUGCUCCUGGCGCUCGUCGCGCUGCACCUCUACAACAGCGCCCGGCGCCGGCGCCUCGGCCUAGGCGGCGGCCGGCGGCGGCUGCUCCGGAGCCUGGCCAUCGCCGGUGGUGGCGACGAGGACCGCCGCGACGGCGAUGGCGACGGCGCGGGGGCGCCUUCUUCCCCCCGCGGCCUCGACUCUGCGGUGCUCGCCGCGAUACCAGUGGUAGUGGUCGACGCAGGCGCGGGGAAAGGCGGGGACUGCGCGGUCUGCCUCGCAGAGCUUGAGCCCGGGGAGAAGGCCCGCGCGCUGCCGCGGUGUGGCCACCGCUUCCACGUCGAGUGCAUCGACGCUUGGUUCCGCGGGAACGCCACGUGCCCGCUCUGCCGCGCCGACGUCGUCGUCGUGGCGCCGGGCGCGGCCGCGCCGUCCGCUCCAGCCGAGGGCGGGGCGCAGCCGGAGGUGCGCAUAGACGUGGCAGCGGACGCCGUCGCCGCGCCGGACAAUGGCUCCACGGUGGCGCCGGUGAUGGAGAGGCUGCAUAGCGGCAGGGAUCUUGAGAAGGCGAGGCGGGUCUUUGCUUCCACCCGAUUCUCUUCCUUCUGA